AUGACUAGGACUUCUACUUAAAAAAGAUAAUAUGUUAAAAUUUCGAAAAAUCAAAAACAAGCCUUACUUCAAUUAGUCUUCUAAACUGGAAUAAAAAUUAGAGAAGUAAGCAAUAUAAUUAACAUUAGGCUUCCUAAAAAUUAAACUUAAAAUAUGCAGCAGCAAAAACUUUAAUACUACAAUUUAGAAAAAAAUUAAUAAAAAAAGACUUUCAUUACGCCUCUGAUAAACCUUGUUAGACCUGUCCAAAAGGAAAACAGACUGUUACGUAUAAAAUCAUAUCAUAAGUUGGUGGAAAAGAAAUCAGUUCAAAAACUUACAUAUACAAUUGA